AUGCCUUCUAGUAGUCAUACCGCCACAAUCAUUGUCGCUGUUUCGAGCAGUGCUCUCCUCCCAUCCAAGCAAUGGGAUACUGUAAAGGCACAAUUAUACCAUUGCUGGAUCCAGCUAUAUGGGCCUUUGUUUUGGAUCGUAUCGGCCAUGCUUUGUCUUUGGGACACAAAGACAACGGCACCACCUUACCACCACAUUACCAUGAUGGAAAUGCCACCCAGCACUGCUCCUGCUACCACCACGAUCUCUACACAUUUAUCAGCAGCUGCCAGCAGCAAAGUAACAACCCCUGAGACGCUGAUGAUAAGCAAUGAAUCCUUUGAUGAUGAUGGUGACAACGCCAAAACAAACAUAGCAGGCUAUAUGAACAACGACGAUAAUGAAAGCAACAACAAACAACAUAAAAAGUCUUUGAAGCGCAUCAUCAAAAAUCAUAUACAAACAAUCAAGCAACGGCGGCAAUCCUUGAAUGAAGCAGUCAAGCGCUCUGUACGUCGCCGACCCAGCCAACAACGCAAUCAUGAUCAUAAUAAUAGAAACAACAACGGCUUGGCAUCCGACUUGCAUCAUGCUACCACCACCACCACCACCACCAAUACUCAUCCACUAUCACCUCCACCUCCUCCACGACGAAGGAAUAGCUUUCCUGGUACAGCCAACAUGUUGCUCAAACCUUUUCGACGGAAAACCGCACCAGCCAUAUUCAACAACCAAAAAUGA